CUGCGUGGUCGGAGCGCUGUAGACAGAGCUGCUUUUUCAUGGAGGAAAAGAAAUAAAGUUAGAGGAGAAACAAACUAAAGCAUCGAGCCAACACUACCAACGUAUGUAUCGAUACUAUUAAUACUUGCAUCGAUCCGCCCACCCUGAUCUCCUGGAUCUGACCUGAGAACAGCGCUAAUCUCUGUCCGUGGGCUCGGCUAAAGCUGAUCAUCAGGAGGAGGAGAGUCUGACGGAGCAGCAGAGGAACAUUUUCAGCCUCUACAGAGGAAACAAUGAGUUCAACACAACAGGACCAACAUGGACUGAGAAGUCAGCGCUCCCAGGAGGCUGACAAACCUCACAGAAAGAAUGAAGAAGAAAAAUACACGUGUGAUCAGUGUGGGAUGGAUUUUACCUGGAAGAUUUCAUUCAAGUUACAUCAACUUAGCCACAUUGCAGAGAGACCGUUCAGCUGUGACUUGUGUGGAAACUCUUUUACUCAGAAGAGUAACCUAGAAAGUCACCAGGUCAUCCACAAUGGAGUUAAACCGUUCAGCUGUGAUCAGUGUGACAGAGCUUUUACACAAAGUAGCGGAUUACAGCUUCAUCAAGUUACCCACUCUGGAAUUAAGGAAUACAGCUGUGACAUUUGUGGAAAAACUUUCAGCCUGCCAGGGCACCGAAAUACACACCUACGCAUUCACACCAAACAGGAUGCUUACUGCUGUGAUCAGUGUGGCAAACUGUUUACAACACAGUCACAGUUACAACGCCACAUGUUGGCCCACACUGAGGAGAGACCUUAUAAAUGUGACUUGUGUGAUAAGACUUUUAAAGAUUCAUAUUACUUGAAAAGACACCAACAGAUCCACAGCAGGAAGAGACUCUACAAGUGCAGUUACUGUGAGAAGCAGAGCCACACAGAUGGAUCCAGUUCUCAGUCCUGUCGUCGCUGUGGUGGUGGGAAAGCGUUUCGCUGUGACCUUUGUGGCAGAACCUUCAGUAAUCAGCAGAACCUAAAACUACAUCAACGUAGACACACUGGACACAAACUGAACUACUGCAAAGAAUGUGGGAAAAGUUUCCCCACAACAAGUAAAUUAAAACUCCAUAAGCUCUUCCACAGUGGGGUUAAAACACAUGUCUGUGACCAGUGUGGGUCAUCGUUCACCACUGCAGGUGAGCUUAAAGCACAUAAACGAGUUCACACAGGAGAGAAACCAUUCAAGUGCAGACACUGCAAAAAAAGCUUCUCACAAUCUGGUCAUCGUAACGUUCAUGAAAGUACACACAUUAAAGGGAACUACAGCUGUGACCAGUGUGACAAGCGCUUCAAGAAUCUCAGUUCAUACUCCUACCACAAACGAGCCCACGCUGCACAGAAACUGUUUCACUGUUACCAAUGUCCAAAAACAUUCUCUUCAUUAUCUGCUCUGUCCAAACAUCAGCGUGAUCAUGCAGGGCUGAAAUCAUUCCCAUCACUGGAUCACAAUGAAUCUGCAGACACACAAAGAUCCUCUUCUGGUUGCAGGGUCACUCUUAAAAACCUUGAGAUCCGGCUCCACAGAAUUCCGAUGGAAUCUCCUGUAAACAGUGUCAGCUAAGGUUACACUUGGAUCUGAUGAGGUAGCUCUGAUUUGUGGACUUGCAGUGAAUAAUCCUGAAUCUGACAUUUAGGAAGCUGCAAGUACAGAUAUAUACAUCAAGGCUCAUCUUUCAUCUUUUUUUCUCAGAGUGGGGAUUUAAACUGCUACAAUUCAUUAACCAGAGUUGUAAUAGUUUUGUAUUUUUAGUUGUUGUGAAUGUUCAUUCAGUCAUUUCAAAAUGACUUCAAUAACAAAAGAAUUAAAGUUCCCGAUUUUUGCUACUCUGUAAUUUUCAAUUUUGUAAAGCCAUCCGGUGGGUGGGAUUGGACCAUUUGGCUGUAUUAGAUUAGAUCAUAUAAAACUUUAUCAAUACCUUUUGGAAGAUUCCAUCUGUGAAAUUAAAGUUCUAGUAGCAGCUUUUACAGGUAACAUAGGCACAUAACACAGCAGAAAUCACAAUAAACAAACAUAUGGAUAAAAAAAUAAAUGAUAAAAUAUGUCUGAUACCCUGAUUUAAAGAGGAAAAGAUUAUUAAUUCACUUUUUUAAUGUAAUUUCACAUCUAUUAAAGAUCAGAUGGUGUAAUGUGUGCCAUGCCUUUUAUAAAUGUUUAAUAAAGUUAUUGACUCCAAACUGAAGAAAACUGAAGCUGUGUGCAAAUGUUUGAGGGAACCUUCUUAGUGUAUUUCUAUAAUCUUGAAGUUCAUGUUAGUUUUUGUUUCAUGUAUUUUGAUCCACAUGUUCUCCAGCUGUUUUCUUUCUGUUGAGAUUUGUUGUUGUAAAAUCCUGGAAGGGUUCAAUAAAAAUCUGAAAAAAAUGUUAACUAAA